CGGUUUCACCGAAAGCCCUCGGCCUUGUAUUAGUUUUUGGCGUCCAGUGGCGCUUCGGAAUUGAAGCGUUUUGAUAAGUGAGAUGAUUUGAUUCUGUGGAGGUGUAGCUUAAGCUCCAAGUUUUACUCCAUGGCUUCUCUACUGAGUCCGCCUCUCAGUUUGCCGCUUAACAGGGUAGUCAAAGCUGUUUCUGUCUUCAUGUUCGCGAUUUUCUUUUGUAGGGUUAUUUUUUUGUGUUAAGGCCAGCAACGGAAAUUCUAGAUCUCUCGGUCAGAAGAUGUUUUCGGAGAGCGAGCGUAUGUGUUUUAGGAGAAAUAGUGUUCGCAGUGCGAAAUUUUCCGCAAUAAAAAACAAACCAUCGGCGGAAGCAGAUGUAAUCGUGAAGGAUUCUGUGAAUGUUGAGGCAGUUGAGGACAGGAUAGAUUACGGAGUUGUUGGUGUUCACCAUGUUGGGGUCUUGUGCGAGAACCUGGAGAGGUCGUUGCACUUUUACCAGAAUAUACUCGGUUUAACAAUAAAUGAGGCACGACCACACGAUAAACUCCCCUAUAGGGGAGCUUGGUUAUGGGUAGGCUCUGAGAUGAUACAUCUGAUGGAACUUCCAAAUCCUGAUCCUUUAACCGGCCGGCCCGAACAUGGGGGUAGAGAUCGCCAUGCUUGUUUAGCUAUUCGAGAUGUUUCUAAGCUGAAGGAUAUCCUCGAUAAAGCUGGUAUUCCCUAUACCCUUAGUCGCUCGGGUCGGCCAGCGAUUUUCACACGAGAUCCAGAUGCUAAUGCACUUGAAUUUACACAAGUUGAUUGAGGAUUGCUGCAUCAGAGACAGACGAACUAGUUUUCUGUAACUAAGAAGAUCUAUAGGAAUGGAGUUUCAUGUGGUGCAGAUUUUCAUAGCUUGAUUCUGCCAUCAUUUGUGGGUAAGAAAUGGCUCUCCUCAUUUCAUCAUGCAAAUAUUUAUGUAUGUGCCUCUUUUUUCUUUUUUUUGUACUUGCAAAUAUUAUUACUACACAGGGAUGGUGGUAGAUAUGAACCUGAAGCAAUAAAAGCAUAGGUUAUAUGGCA